ACUCACAGACAUUUUUCUUAUUAAUACGAUAAUUGUAAAUAUAUCCACAAACAGGCACAGUAUUAAUUAAUCAAAUAAUAAAAUUAGCUGCUGGGAUCAUGCCGUGUUGCACUGCACCUUAAGGUGCUGCAGUCUGUGAGCAUGUCGGCUGGCGCUUGGACGUGACACACAUAAACCCAGAGGACGGACAUGGCAGUCGGUAAGGUGACCUUCACCAAAGGGGAGAGAGAGAAGCUGGCUGAGGUCCUCUGCCUGCUCAACUGGAUCUCUGUGGUGACGGGCACCACCCUCUUUGGCCUGGGCUUAUUCCUCAAAGUAGAGAUUCAGAAAUGGCAAGAGGUGAUGUCAGAGCAGGGGGUGUUGUAUGUGCCACAUAUGCUGAUCGCCACAGGCCUGGCAGCCUGCUGCAUCAACUUCCUGGGCGGGAAGAUCUGCCUGGACUGCGCCGACACCAACAAAUUCCUGCGCUGGAAGUUGGUGAUGAUGCCGUACGUCAUCUGCACCUUCUUCUUCACCUCCUGCGUCCUGGCGGGGGCGCUCAUGUGCUACAGCAUUCGCAGCCAGCUGGAGGAGUCGCUGUUCCUGGGCCUGCGGAGCGCCAUGCGCUACUACAAAGACACAGACACACCUGGCCGCUGCUACCUGAAGAGGACUCUGGACCUGCUGCAAAUCCAGUUCCAGUGCUGUGGGAACACCGGGUACCGGGACUGGUUCCAGGUCCAGUGGAUCAGCAACCGAUACCUGGACAUGACCAGCAGCACUGUGGUGGACCGCCUGAGGAGUAACGUGGAGGGGAAGUACCUAAUGGACGGCGUUCCCUUCAGCUGCUGCAGCACCUUCUCCCCGCGACCCUGCAUCCAGCAGCAGGUCAGCAACAGCUCGGCCCACUUCAACUACGACCAGCAGAGCCAGCAGCUGAACCUGUGGAGGAGGGGCUGCCGCCAGGCGCUGCUGGACCACUACACCGGCAUCAUGCAGUCCAUCGGCCUCACUGUGCUCCUCAUCUGGCUGUUCGAGCUGCUGGUUCUGACGGGAGUCCGUUACCUUCAGACAGCCAUGGAGAACGUUCUACGGCUGGGCGACCCGGACUCAGAGUCGGACGGCUGGAUUCUGGAGAACAGCCUGGCAGAAACAGCCCGGUCCAACUUUAACAUCAUCAAGAAUCUAGGGAAAUGUUAUCAGGGUGACGACGAUCCAAACAUCAACAUCCCGACCGCCGCCGCUGAGCAGGAGGUGCCGUCACAGCAGGUCCAGAUCCCAGUGACCAGCUAACACCCAGCCUGAGGAGUCAUGGACCGCUGAAACCCUGAGAUGAGCUGGAACACCUCAGGUUCAAUACCUCCAAGGCCUCAAGUGAUGUUGAUGCAUCCUUAACUCUGCUGCUGGAUUAAUAUCCAGAUGUGAAGUCCAGCUGCUGCAGGUCUGAUGGACCAGCAAUGAUUUGCCUUCAGACGGAACUCCACCAUUUUUAAAAUGUCAGUGUACAGCACAAUUUUUGAAUUUGUUUAUUUAAACUUAUAAUAAGACGUGCCUGAGCACAACGUUUUAAUUCUCGAGAGUGCAUUACUCAGACAAAACAUGACAGGGGCACUUCUGGAUGUCAUGAACUUUCUUGUAUUUAAUUGUUCUUUUGGGGUUUAAUGGGUGCUAUAUAGUAAUUGGGUCUGUACCCAUGGGGGUACAGUACCAGUGGUACUUUUCCAUUUCUUAGAACAUUACUAGAAAAUGUUGACAUGCACCAUGAAGAGAAUACCA